AUGAUCUUUGCUACCUCCCGCUCAGCUUUUGCCCGCGCUUCUGCCAUCCGCGCCUCCGCUUUCGCCCCCCGUUUUGCCUCAACUCUCACCAUCAUUGAGCACGCUGACGGCGCCAUUCUGCCGUCCACCUUCAAGACUUUGACCGCUGCUUCCCAGAUUGGCGGUCCCGUCACUGCUCUUGUUGCCGGUUCUACAGCCCCAGCCGUCGCUACUGAGGUUGCCAAAAUCCCCGGUAUUGAAAAAGUCCUUGUUGCUUCUAACGGCGCCUACGACAAGGGUCUCGCCGAGAACUUCUCCGACCUCAUUGCAUCCACCGUUAAGGAUGGCGGCUUCUCCCACGUUCUCGUUUCCUCCUCUGCCUUUGGCAAGAACGUCCUCCCCCGUGUCGGUGCUACCCUCGACGUCCAGCCCAUUUCCGAUAUCAUCAAGGUUGCUGGUGAAGACACUUUUGUCCGCCCCAUCUACGCCGGUAACGUGAUUGCCACUAUCAAGUCCACCGACCCUGUCAAGCUCGUCACAGUCCGCUCAUCUGCUUUCGAGGCCGCCCCUGCUCCUUCUUCCGGCUCUGCUGCUGUUGAAAACGUUGCCAACGACCCCAAUACUCCCUCCCCCACUGAGUGGAUCUCUGAGGCUAUUGCCAAGAGCGAGCGUCCUGACCUGGGCUCUGCCAGCAAGGUUGUUUCCGGUGGCCGUGGUCUUGCUAACAAGGAGAACUUUGACAAGGUCAUUUUCCCCUUUGCUGAUGCCAUUGGUGCUGCUGUUGGUGCUUCCCGUGCUGCUGUCGACUCUGGCUUUGCCGACAACUCUCUCCAGGUUGGUCAGACCGGUAAGGUUGUUGCUCCCGAGCUUUACAUCGCUGUCGGUAUUUCUGGUGCCAUCCAGCACUUGGCUGGUAUGAAGGACUCUAAGACCAUUGUUGCUAUCAACAAGGACCCUGAAGCCCCCAUUUUCCAGGUUGCUGACUACGGUCUUGUUGAGGAUCUGUUCAAGGCUGUUCCUGAUCUUACUGAGCAGCUUAAGAAAUAA